GCAGCGUCCCUUCUCUCGCAGCUGGUCUUCUCUUUGGUGGCUUAGCAGGACUAGGUGCCUACCAGCAGUCUAAAGAUCCGAAGAAUGUGUGGCUCUCCCUCGUGGCAUCUGGAACCUUGUCUGCUGUUAUGGGAAUGAGGUUUUACAACUCCAAAAAAGCAAUGCCUGGGAUAAUUGCUGGUGCCAG